AUGAACCGCGUGGGAUCAUGGCUUUACGGCCGCAAACCUGGAAAUGGACUUAUACCAGCCCUAGAAUUGGCUACGCAGAUACAAGAUCUUGAGCAGGCUCUGGAAGCGGCCACUCUCAUCCUGAAUGAUGAUGUCGACGGUGCUGAGAUGGGUCUCAGCAAAGGUGACUCGUCCUUUCACAAAACGGGCAAGGGCGUCGUUGGCUUUCUUCGUGCGCUUCUUGGUUUUGAGCAGGAAAUCAUGCGCCAGGCAUCCGAACGGCUUUCUGAUGCCGAAACCAGUGCAUACAACGACAUGCAAAGAGUAACGCAUGCGUCGAGUGCGCCAGACGCCUUCCAUUCGAAGAUUUAUGAUGUGGGCACCGAGUAUGCGCUCUGUCAAGCAAUGGCGCAGAUAAUGAUCGCCGUUGUUGGAGUGCUCAAUGAGAGCCUUACAGAGAGUCUGAAGGGGUUUUAUAAAAUGAGAAAGGCACACGCAACUCUGGAUGCAAUUGUGCGCAUGGAAGAACGUUAUCUAUUGAAUAAUCGACCUCCCAAAUCUCGAACAGCCCCUGCAAAUCUAGAAACCGAGAAGCACUCGUUGGUCAUUCCUACUACGAAACCUUCUGGCAAACACACUGGUAGCAAAUCCGAUCAGGAUCUGCGUCGAAAUAUGGCCGAAUUGAAGUUGGUAAACGAGAGCCAGAGUACACCCAGCUCCGCUCCUUCUAGCAACGCAAGCUCGGUUUUGGGUGAAACUCUCACCCAUGAUGCAGAUGCGGCAGAUAUCUUCAGCCAUCCUAUAGACUCAUUUAUACACACUGGUGCCAGCUUAUGUCUGGGAAUGUUGCUCGCAAUGCUCUCCACACUUCCCCCCACAUUUAGUCGCUUGCUUGCGGUCGUCGGGUUUCGAGGCGAUAAAGAGCGAGGAUUGCGCAUGCUCUGGCAGGCCAGCAAGGCUCACAGUUUGAUUGGGGCGGUUGCUGGAUUGGGAAUUUUGGGGUAUUAUAAUGGAUUUAUUCGGCUUUUGGACAUCAUCCCGGACGCCACGUCCGAUGAUGAAGCGGGAAUUGAGGGAUAUCCCAUGGAACGUUUGCUAGGGUUGCUCAACACGAUGAGAACCCGGUUCCCGAGAAGCCAGCUGUGGCUUUUGGAAGAAGCGCGAAUGAAGAGUGCCAAUCGGGAUGUAGAAGCUGCGUUUGAAAUUCUGAAGAACAGCACUAAAAGUCCGCUCAAACAGGUUGAGGCGUUGCAAGCUUUUGAGAAGAGUUUGGAUUCGAUGUAUCUGCACAGAUAUGAGGAUUGUGCGAAAUAUUUUAUCGAGUGCACCGAACUCAACUCAUGGUCACCCGCUCUAUACUUGUACAUCGCCGGGUCUGCAUACGUAGUAUUAUACCGGCAAACCUUAUCUACAGACCCCUCUGCGGCGCAGAAAUACGCAGAGAAGGCGAGGGAAUGUAUCCGCAAAGCACCUACAGUGGCAGGCAAGAAGCGGCUGAUGGCACGUCAACUGCCUUUUGAAGUAUUUGUGACUCGCAAAAUAACGAAAUGGGAAGCCCACGCCAAGGAAUGGAAGGUGGACGUCGUAGAUGCAGUCGGGGUAGAUCCGAUUGAAGAGAUGAUCUUUCUCUGGAACGGAUAUAGUCGCAUGGGCGCGGAGGGACUGAAGGACUCUCUCCAAAAACUGGAGUGGUCCGAGAAUGACCUCAACAAAGACAACAACAACCAGCACGGUGACGACGAAAAGGCCAUCAUCCAGCUCCUCCGAGCUGCCAUCCUGCGAGCAUUACGCAAACACGCGGAGGCAAAGGAUAUCCUGAAGCAAAAGGUCCUCGUCAUUGAUCGAUCCGUUUUCAAGGGUCAUCUACGAGACAACUGGGUUCUCCCCGCAGCCCAUUUUGAGGUGGCGGCAAAUCUGUGGAUGGAAAGACCUAAUUAUGUAUCAACACAUAUUUCCCCUUUUGAGGAUUCAUUAUCAGGGGAAAAGAAAGAGGAAGAGGGAAUACAAAAGCAUAACAUCACCACAGAGAGGCAACAAAUUCAAGAAUGCGACGAACAUUUAGAGAAAGCUGCCAAAUGGGAGUCGUAUGAUCUCGAUACUCGAAUCGGUCUCAAAGUGACCGCUGCUAGGGAUGCUAUUAGCAAGUGGUAUGCAAGUCAUCCUGUUAAUGCAGAAUAG